UCCCGGGAAAUCACCAGAGAAACCCUAAUCCCCUUCUUCCUCCCCGCCAACGGCCAACCCCAUGGCCACCGACAGCACUCUUAGCACGGGGGCCCGACGCCCCCGGAGACAGCAGGAGGUGACCGUGUAUGGCGUCGGUCGUCGAAUUAUGGCACGGCGCGUCGGAAAAAUCCGGGGCAAAUGCAAGAGAGAAGUCACCAGCUCAAGCUCCGCCACGAGUCGCCGCGACCUGCCGCCGGACCUACCUCCUUAUCUGUCGGAGGCCUCCUGCUUGCUGGACAAGUUUGACAAGGAGCUUCUGAUCCAGAAUGCAUCUGCACAAACACAGCAUCAAAUUGUGUUGUUUAUCAAUGGGCAUUGCUUGGAUUGUUGGGUGGACAAGUAUAAUGAGGAUUUCUGUAGAGGGAUAUUUAUGGCAUGGUCUGAGAAAAGUGUGGGUGGGCCUGCAUCUGGACAAACGUUGCAUCAAAACUUGCAUGAUGCUCAGCGGGACACCAUUUGGGUCCGGGAACAGCACGAUUGGGGGCUCACAUUUUACACCAGGAUUGAUCUUCGGGGAUAUUUCUGCACAUAUCCUAAGGUGGGCGGACCAUUUAACAGCUUAGAGGAAGCUAGCAAUGCCAUUGAUCGCUAUCUUCAUGACCGGCAGGAUCCAAUGAUGCGGAAGGAGCAACAUGAGUUCUAUGAAGUGGGUAAGGCUAGUGUGGAGAGGGGUAUACGAGCCUGUCUUUACUGGCCUGAUGGCUCAAAGAAGAUGCAUGUGAUAUCAGAACAAAUUGAUAAAAGCCGUUGCAAGAUGCUCCAGUUGGUUCAAGCUUUGGUGGACAAGUAUAAUGAGGAUCCUCUUCAUUUUGAGGAUAUUCCAUUUGAACUUAAAGAUGUUGUGUGCUCCGAAGUAAUAUAUGAGGGCGACCGUUGCUACUAUCAUACCAAUUUCACUACGAAGACGAAAGGAGCAAAGACAACUGACAAUCUAUUCUUUGCGGAAGUCACACAUAUGCCAGGAGAAGACGGAAAAUUGGUAGUCAGCUGUAUCUGCAGGGUUGAUACUUUUGAUAAUGGUCAAUGCUACGGUUGUGGAAGUGAUAUGAAGCACCCAAAUGCUGAUGCAUACAACGGUGGUCACUCUAAGGAUUUUAAGUUUUUUCACAUUGGUGACGGAUGUCGUGGACCUAAUAUCGACACCGCGAAGACUAUGGAUGAUUGGAAAGCUGAGGAGGCAAGGGUAAGAAGAUUGUUCGAGGGCCUUGAUGAUCCAAGUGUUGUGGCGAGACUCAUGGAACCACCUAAGUUUGAGUUUGGAGCAAACAUGGCCACUGAUGAGGAAGUAGAUUGUUUCAUGGAGUCGAUCAUGGGGCCAUACAAUGGCAGCACUGACAUCAUAGAUGCUAGUACCGCAGAAAGAUUUAGAGCGCAACUAAAGUAGCUCGGAGCUUUCUUUUGACUACAUAGUUUGCCACCAGGGAAGCCUUUCAAUACCAAGUUAUGCACCCAAGCUGCUUGCUGUUUCCAAUUGCCAAGACAUGUGCCUAGCAGAACGUGAGCAUUUAGCUUGAGAUGGACCCAUUUGACUUUAUGUAAGCACUUAUUUAUGCCUGUUCGUUUACACUUAAGAAAUCGUACUAUCCAUUUCGCAAGUGAAUGGAAUUGAUUAUGUCAAAUAUCCCUGCAACUAUUCGAUGCAAUC